AUGUCAAUUCCCCGCGUUUUUGGUAUUUAUUGUAUAGUCAUUAAAUUUGCUUGUACAUUAUACAUUUUUAUUCGGCUCUCAACUCCUUUUUCUCUCUCAACUCCUACAUCUUAUCCUGUUCGAAGCAUGGGUUUCAAAGCAAUCAUUGAUAAAGUAGGGCAGAAGGUCGAUAGGAGAGCCCAUGGUAAAAACCUGGAGGAUGGUUAUGUUUGUUGACCUCUUCUGCUGUUCCGGGCAUUCCCUGACAUACUUAGGGCAACAUGAAUAAAUCCCGCAGAUCACCUCCUCUAGCCCCUAGCUACGCAGAAAUCGAAGAACCCAUACAUAGCGACAUUGAUGCGCAUCACACCGGCAUAGGAUAUCUUGGAAUGGGAGCUCCCAAUCCAGCGCCUCGAUCGGACUCAAGAAAUCAUAAAUCGGAGGAAGAGAGAGACCAUUUCGAAGACGAAUCUCCCAGGCCAUAUGCACCUUAUCCGAAUCCGAGAACUGAGCCGGCGUUUACGGGGAAAGGGUUACUGGGGCAAUUGAUGACGAAGGAGAAGAAUGCGCACGAAGAGCCUACACCGAGCCGCAAAGAGUCUACGAGGAAACUAAAGCCUGAGAGGUACAGGUCUGUUAGGAGACAGAAUGAGGCGCAGCAUAAGGGUCCUUUUGGGGAUGGAGAGGUUUAUAUUGGGCCUUCGCGUUAAGAAGAUGCGUGGUCGAUGUUCUCCUGAAUGCCUGUUCUGGCAAUACUGUCAGAGGCCUCGCCCGCCAUGGAUCUGUUGGACGCCCAUCUAGCAGAUAUUGAGAUACUGGAUUCGGACAUGGUUGUGCGAGAACAAGAGGAAUUUGCACACCAAUUGGAGCGGUUGAAUUUGCGGCGUUUGAGGGUACCCCUAUGGCAUAUAUCUGGUGGAUUUUGGGGUAUUGGUUGGUACAAGUACGGAUGGGUUAUGACGCAUUAUUUUUUGUUGUAAUUGUGCUUGAUUAAUCUUUUGUGGAGAUAGUACCGUAGCGAUGUUUUUGGUUUAGCUUUGCAUAGCGAUGCAUGGUGGGGGUUGGUUUUGUGUAAAUACCUAGUCAGACUGUAGUGAGAACGUGUAUGUAUUGCAUUACAUCGUUAGGUAUUAUUAUUAUUUGGCA